AUGAGGCUCUUCAGCUCCCUCCUGCUCGCUCUGCCCUGGCUGGCAAGUGCGGCUCCGAGACCCAAACCUCUCGAACUAGACACUCGGCAGGCCACUUCCUCAUACUGGCUAAGUCAGAUCCAGCGUCAAGGCACGGUCGCAUACGGCUCAGACACCACGUACAAGGUCUUUCGCAAUGUCAAGGACUACGGUGCUGUCGGUGAUGGGUCCAAUGACGAUACUGUUGCAAUCAACAAUGCCAUUACUGAUGGAGGCCGCUGUGGCCUGGGCUGUGACAGCUCGACAACCGUGCCGGCAAUCAUCUACUUCCCUCCUGGUACCUACGCCGUCUCUGCUCCGAUCGUUCAGCUGUACUAUACCCAAUUCAUCGGAGACGCUGUCAACCUGCCUACGAUCUCUGCCUUGCCUGGCUUCGAAGGGAUUGCAGUUCUCGACACCGAUCCUUACAUUCCCGGAGGUAAUGGCGCACAAUUCUAUACAAAUCAGAACAACUUCUACCGCCAGAUGCGCAACUUGAUCAUCGACUUAUCGCAGAUGCCCGAGGACAAAGGUGCUGGUAUCCACUGGCAAGUUGCGCAGGCGACCAGCUUGCAGAAUAUUGUCUUCAACAUGCGCCCCAAAUCUCCCACCAACAAACAACAAGGCAUUUUUAUGGAUAACGGCUCAGGCGGCUUCAUGUCUGAUCUCACCUUCAAUGGAGGCAAGUUUGGUAUGUUCCUCGGGAACCAACAGUUUACUACACGCAAUCUGACUUUCAACAAUUGCGAAACUGCCAUCCUCAUGAACUGGAAUUGGCUGUGGACAUUCAAAUCCGUCAGUGUGAACAACUGUGAUGUUGGAAUCGAUAUGUCAAAUCUCCAGGAUGGUGUCAACCAGACCGUGGGCUCUCUCAUUCUACUUGACAGCGUCAUGACCGGCACUCCGGUUGGCAUCAAGACCUCCUACAACUUGACCAGCGCACCUGCGACUGGCGGUACAAUGGCCUUGCAGAAUGUUGAUUUCACUGGCACCCAGAAUGCCAUUGUCGGAGCGGAUGGCGUUACACCCAUUCUUGCUGGCGGACAACUUGUCGCUGCUUGGGGUCAGGGUGACACCUAUACUCCUGCUGGCGUUUCAGGAGGCCAGCCUGUCAAGCGACAGCCCCAAGCCCAGCCUCCAUCUCCCCAAGCUCCGCGACAGUCAUUCUCGUCCACAACCACAACCACCCUCACCGUCUCGGCUGUUCCUCCGCCAUCCGGCGUAGCAUUGACCACAACGACCGUCUUUGUCACCGCAGCCCCAACCCCGGAUGGCGCCGCUUCUCCUUUCACCAUUGCACCCAUUCCACCUUCGGGAAUCAGUGGCUCUCCCAACUCGCCUUCUAACGCCACCACGAUAGCGAGCGCAUCCCCAACUCGGUCCACCCUGCCGGCCGCAGCCGCUCCAGCUGCCUGUUCUGCUUCUCCUGCUGCCCUUCAAUCCGCACGGGUUCAGCAAGGGUUGACCGCACCGAAUAUGCCGGCAUCGCUCAUGAACGGCAGCAAGGUCUUUGAGCGUUCUAAGCCACAGUACGAGAAUGUACCAGUAUCAUCCUUUGUCAGUGUCAAGUCUCAGGGCGCGAAGGGCGACGGGGUCACAGACGACACUGUCGCGAUUCAGAACAUCCUGGAUUCUGCUACACCUGGCCAGAUCGUGUAUUUUGACCACGGUGCCUACGUCAUCUCCGACACGGUUCGAGUACCGUCCAAUAUCAAGAUCACCGGUGAAAUCUGGCCCCUUAUCAUGAUACAAGGGUCGGCAUUCGGAGACAUCAACAACCCCAAGCCUGCUUUCCAGAUUGGUCAACCUGGCGAUAUCGGCUCAGUCGAGAUGUCGGACCUUGUCUUUGAGACCAUUGGCCCCGCUCCAGGUGCCAUUAUCAUGGAAUGGAAUGUCGCUCAAGAGUCUCAGGGCUCUGCUGGAAUGUGGGAUGUCAAUUUCCGCAUUGGUGGAUCCGCAGGAACUCAGCUCCAGCAGGAUACGUGCCAGGCUAACAUAACCGGUUCCUUUGAGUUCAAGCCCGAAUGCGCUGGUGCAUUCCUCCUGAUGCACAUCACUCAACAGGCCUCAGGCUAUUUCGAAAACUGUUGGUUCUGGGUCGCGGACCACGAGCUCGACAUUACUACCCACAACCAGACUAAUAUCUACAAUGGCCGAGGCCUACUUGUCGAGAGUCAGGGCCCUGUCUGGCUGUAUGGAACAUCCUCCGAGCACAACCAGCUCUACAACUACCAGUUUGCCAACUCCCGCGACAUUUUUAUGGGUGCUAUUCAAACCGAAACGCCAUACAUGCAAGCUUCACCAGAUGCGCUGCAAGGUGGUUUCCCACCUAACCCGUCAUUCACCGACCCCACAUUUGCAGACUGCACAACCGAGUCCUGCAAGAAGUCCUGGGGUCUGCGAAUUGUUGACUCGUCCGAUGUCCAUAUGUAUGGCGGUGGCCUGUACAGCUUCUUCGACAACUACAUCCAGACAUGCCUGGAGACAGAGUCUUGCCAAGAGAAUAUGGUUGAUAUUCAGUGUUCGCAGAAUAUCUCCCUUAUCGGCUUAACUACCAAGGCUUCCGUCAACAUGGUCAAUGUCAACGGACAACCAGAAGCAAUCGGUGCUGACCACGAAAAUCUGUUCGGGCAGACAGUAAUGCUCUUUGAGACUUGA